CAUCCAGACCUUUGGUGAUCUGUCUAUUAAUCUGUGAUUUUAGAACAUGGCUGAUAUUACAAUUAACCUCAAUACUUCAAUCACGAUAUUAAUCAUAUUUAAAUAAAAUAAGAACAAGCAGACUUAAUUGUAUUUGGAAUUGGUUAAAAAAGAACUUAGAAUUGUGAAGCUAACAUAUAACUUUACGGUAAAAAGAGGAAGAAUCUAGCAUAAAUAAAAGAAAAAGUUUAGAAUGUAUGCGAGAUAAAUUCUCAAAGUUGGAAGCACAAAAGAAAAAAAUUUAUCCGGUGUCAUUAAAAUCAAGAAAAAUCUUAUCAAAUUUUUAACAUGGGUAAAAAUAAGCAAGCACAACGAACCAAAAAUAAUGCACGGCCAUCAAAUAGUAGUCGCAGUGCAGAACUUUUGGGAACAACGGUACCCAAUUUUGUUGGUUUCUCAGCUGUUAAAGAUGGAGGAUAUGUUCCUGUUUUACCUGGUCUAGCUUUAUGUUCCUCAAAUGAAGUAGAAAUGAACAGUGUGGAUUCUAAUUUCCAAAUAAUACUAAAAAAAAUGAAUAAAAAAGAUGCUACGACAAAGUAUAAGGCAUUGCAAGAAUUUGCAACCUUAUGUCAAAAUGCUGAAUUAUCAACAAUAGAAAUUAUAUUCCUUUGGCCACGACUAUAUUGUACUUUAUCCAUCGAUAUAGAUCAUAGAGUAAGAGAAGCUGCACAAUUGGCACAUGCAAUGGUUGUCAAACGUACAGGCAAAGGCAUAGCACCAUAUUUAAAACAAUUGAUUGGUCCUUGGUUUAUUUCUCAAUAUGACACGUAUCCUCCAGCAGCUUCCACUGCUAUUAAUUCUUUCAACAAUACUUUUCCAUCAAAAAUAAUUGAUGCAAUUGUUCAUUACCAGUGUGAAAUUUUAACAUACAUUGAUAACAAUAUCACUGUACAAACAGCUCAAACAUUAUCGAUGCAAAAAUCUCUUACUAAAGAGGAAAUUGAAGCCAAAUAUCAGAGAAUAUUGGUGGCGAAUUUGCAAGGUUAUAACUAUUAUUUUAAAAUGUCAUUUGAUAAGAUGGACAAGGCUUUAGAGAUACAUAACAAAAUUUUAAGCAACUUAAAAUUCUGGAAAUUGGCUAAACAUGAUGCUCUUCCAAUAAAAAUAGCUUUCUUCAAUGUAUUGACAUCUAUAAUGGAAAAUGCAGAGAAAUUGUUGCAAAAUGAGAAGAAAAGGAUGAUGACUAUUAUCAUGAAUAGCCUUGAUGAAUCCGAACCUGGAAUUUUAUCGGCUGUAUGGGAAUCUCUGCUCAUAACUAUAAUUAAAAUCGACGAUUGGUACCUCAUCGUGAAUAUCGAUAAACUCGUAUUGCCGAAAUUGUGGCAGAUUUUACGAUCCGGCGGUCAAUGCUGCGCCAGUACUGUUUAUCCGAAUUUGUUGCCUUUUAUCAGUCAAUUUUCGAAACUGAAUGCCAAUAUCGACAAUUUGUAUAUGAAUUUCUUUGACAACAUGCGUCAAGGAUUUCUGGCGAAAAGUGUACAAAUGAGUCGUUUGGAAGCGCGGGCUAUAUCUACCUCUUUUGUUGAAUGUUUGCGUUAUUCGAUUCUCAUGAAUGUCAAGAAUGUAGACUUAUGCAUUCGUCUUCUCAAGGAACAACUUAUGCCCUUUAUAGAAGCAUGUACAAUAGAUAGAAUUUCUGUAAAACAAUUUUGUUUUAUCGAAGUGGCACAUUUAGUACGUUAUUGGAGUAAAAAUCGUACUAAUGAGGAAUAUAAAGCAUACAUUUCUUUAAUGCAGCAAUUCUGGAUCGAAUUGAGAUUGUUGUUUGUCAAGCUCAUAAAUACACCAAGAGAUAUUGCAAUGUCACAUACUGUAGAUACAAAAGAUUCUCAAAUCGAAUUCUUGUUAAUUUUAAAGAAUUUACCAGAUCAUCGUAAAAAAUUAAAAGUAAACUUUUCCGAUUCAAGUAGUACUAUUGCAAAUCAGUCAAGAGUACAAGUUGAUACUUAUACGGAUACAGUUUUUAAUGUAGAACUUUGCGAGUUUGUAAAUGCGCUCUGUACAAUUUACUUUAAUAAUAUUAAUAAUCAGCAGUCUGUUGAAUGUAUCAAACAGCUGAAUAAACUUAUGAAACAAUUUGCAAGUAGAGAAUUAUUCGAGGCACUUUCGAAAUCAUUUAAGUUCGAUAAGGAUUUCUUUAAAUUUUAUGAUAACAAUCUGAAACAUUGGUUAUUGCAAAAUUCGGUAAUAAUGGAAGAAAUUAUUGAAUUAAUAUUCUAUUUUAUUACAUAUAUAGAUGAUAUGGAAAAGAAUAACAUUUUUGAAUCAUUAAUAGAGUUAAAUGACAUUGCAAUUUUGAAGAAUGUAAUAUAUUGUAGUUUAUCGAAAAAUAGUAGAAACGAUCAUGUAAUCAAGAAAUGGUACAUGAAAACUAGCGUAACCAAGUUACUGAUUGAUGUAGCUAAAGAAAUUGCUUCAUCCGAAUAUGAUAAUUUGGAAAAAAAUCAGAAACUGAUUUUGUUAGCUUUUGAAACUUCGUCAACUGGAGAUUUAUUAAUAAAUGAAGAAGGAGCAAACGAGAUUGUCUCAAUUCUUUGUGAUUCAUUAAAUGGAACGGACGACACGUAUUCUACACAAUUACAUUUGAUUACAUUUAUUACAAGGCUAAUGGCUUUAAUAUGGAAUCAAAAGCAAAUAAUAUCGAGUGCUGUACAGAUAUUGGAAACAUUUUUUGAAUUAUGCACUCGAGAGUAUGAUGACGUGACUACUGAUAUUGUGCGCAAUAGUUGGAAAGAAGGGCUUAUAAGAAGUAAAAAGAUAUUAUCCGAUUCGGAAUUCAACGAUUUUAUUGAUAGAUGUGCAAUUAUUAUUUGGAGCAAAAUAUACAAUACAUGUCACGUGAAGCAUAUAUUAGUAGAUUUGGCAACUGAUGUUUUAGAAAUUAUAAUUAAUAAUGAGAACACAAACUCUCAUUGUAUUAAUGAAACUAUUCUAUUAUUUCUAAUAACAUCUGAUAUAAAAUUAUGGAUUGCAGAAGUAACUACAAUUGUGAUAUAUGGUGAAGUAGUAACGGGCAAUUUAUAUAUAUCAAAUGUUGAGAAGAAGAUACAAAUUUUUGAGCAUUAUAUGGCUAUUGAUAUAACGAACGAUAUAAUUUCGGAUAAUAUGACAAAUUGUUUAUUGUGGACUUUAUUUACCACAGAUUUGCUUAAUAAUUUAUAUAAAAGAUUACAAAGUAUUAAUAUUACAAAUGUUGACAGAUUUUCAGAUUCGAAAGAAAAUUUUGAAUUAUACAAUAUAAAUUUACCAGGAAUUACAGAGAUACUUAUAAAUAUCAUAUAUGUGGCUAGUAUAGCGGAAAUAUACACUAAACAUUAUAAAGCCUCUAAACGUUAUAAUGAUAUUAAUAAACUUCAUGAUUUUGAUAGACAGUUUUGUCAAUUUAAAAAAAUUUUUGGGAAAAAUAUCCAUAGCGAUGUACCAUCUUAUAUAAAAAAAAAGCAAUUGAGUUAUGGAUAUAUGCUGCCAUAUAUAAUACGUGCACAUUAUGUUAAAUUUGAAAUGACUGAUAAUCCUGUAAAGUACUAUGAAAAUUGCAAAAAUAAUGAAGAAGAGUAUGAUGAAGAAGCACAUGUGCAAGCAAUUCAAGUCUUAAGGGAUUAUUGGAUGCUAGAGAAUAUUCCAUCAUUAAAUAGCAACAAUAUUCAUACACUAAUUGUCACAAGAAUUAAGACAUGUCUUGAAAAUGAUAAUUUAGACUAUACUGCUAUUAUAGACAAGCUUAUGUUAUAUGAUAAAAAAGAUAUCGCACUUCUGGGCCACGGUAUUUCUGAUAUUUCAUGGAAUCAAUUGUGUUUGCUGCUAGAAGUUAUAAGAUUGCUUACAGCACUUGUUCAAAAAGUUCCAUUGAAGUUAAAAUAUGAACAUUGGGAUUUUAUUUUGAUAUCGCUCACUACAUGGCAACAGUUAUUACUUACUAAUUUUCAACAUAAUUAUACUGAUAUUAAAUUAAUGACAUUAAUGAUAGCAGUGUGCCAAUUAUACUACACAGUUCAAACUUUAAUGAACAAACAUGAACAAGAGCCAAUACUGGAAUUACCGCCUGCACUUUUUGAUGAAUGGAUAAAUGUAUUUGCUAGUUCUAUACAUAAUAAUAUCAUCAAAAUUUGGAUGUUUUGUGUGGAUUUAUACAAUCAAGAGACAGUUGCUUUAAAAUCUAUCAUACCAUUGGAUUAUUUAGGAAAAUCAAUUAGUAUUCUUGACAAAAAUAUAUUAUUCAAAAAGUAUGACAAACAUACCGAGACAAUUAAUUUCAACGAGCUGUUAAAAUUGUCUCUGAAAUUAUUACAAUCUCCUAUACCUAAUAUUCAAUUGGGUGCUUAUCACGCAUUAAAACAUAUGGUAUCGGAACUUGUACAGUGUGACAAAGUUCUUCUCGAAUCUGACAACUUCGAGCCAAACAAUUUUAAUAUUAUGAAAUUUAAAGCACUCCUAUUAAGUACACAGAAUAUUGUGAAUACAAUGCUUAUGGAAUUUAAAUUAUGUGAUAUAACAAGCUGCACAAUCCAACCGUUUACAGAUUCUUAUACAUACACAUUAGGAUAUUUGCUAGUGUGGACAAUUGUGCUAGAUAUCUGUGCGGAUGCUCAUAAUGAUUUACGUUAUCAAUAUGCUGAAAUAUUGAAAGAUGAUUUUUUUCCUUGUCUAUUAAAUAAUAUAUUCAAAUUAAUGCCCGUGGAAAUACUACAGGAUAGUAAAAAUAAAACUGUAAAACUGCUGGAAACAUUUACUAUUAGUCCAUCGUUUAAUUUUGGAGAAAGUUGGACAGAAUGGAGAUUAGAUCAUAUUGUAUGUUGGUUAUAUACAAACUGUUUACGAUAUUUACCAGUGUUAGUCCGACAAUGGCUGAGUACAGCUGAUAGCAAAGUCAGUGCAAUAAUAGACAAGAUUACAAGUCAUUAUAUCAGCCCUAUACUUUGUCAAGAAGAACUUCUUAAUAACAAAUUAGUUAAUGUUGAAAAUAUGCAGAUAAAAGUGCAUGCAACAGCAAGGGAAGUAGUAGCCUUGUAUCAAAUGGAUGAUACAAAACUGGAAUUAAGUAUAGUGUUACCAUCAAAUCAUCCUUUAGGUACAGUAAAGGUAGAACCUGGACAACAUGUUGGUGGUACAGCAAACUGGAGAAACUGUCAUAUGCAACUCUCUAUAUUUCUCACACAUCAAAAUGGUUCGGUUUGGGAUGGUCUUAUAAUGUGGAAACACAAUUUGGAUAAGAAAUUUGCUGGUGUUGAAGAGUGUUACAUAUGCUUUAGUAUUUUUCAUAUUAACACAUAUCAAAUACCAAAACUAUCAUGCCACACUUGUCGUAAGAAAUUUCAUACUCUUUGUUUGUAUAAAUGGUUCAAUACAAGUCAAAAAUCUACUUGCCCGAUUUGCAGAAAUGUGUUUUAAUCAAAUUUGAUGAGGUAUUAAUAUGUAAAAACAAAAUUGACAGUACAAAACACAAAUUAAAAAUAA